AUGGUUAUGUCGGUUCGGCGAAACUUCGUCAAAACACGCGGGUUGCUCGGGGAUUGUUUGGACUGUUUGGGACAUUCCGUUGCUUGGGACACAAGGAGGGUCUUAAGCCAGCUGAGAUGGUCUGGCAAGGGAAGGAAAUCCUUCCGCUGCACUCGACUCUGUCCUAUACUUGGCUGUAUGCGUAUAGAGUUCUGGCUGUACGCCAUAUCCUCCGUAUCCAAGGUACACUUCAAACUAUCAUUCACAGCGGCUGCACUCCGCAUGCGGCAAGCAGUUGCUGCGUCCGGAUGUCGCUCUCUGGAUGGAUCAUCCGGCUGGCUGGAGAUGGUCCGAUCGCGCAGCAAGGUUCAACCCGACUUGAGUUGUCUCCUCGUACUUUGGGUGGCGCAGGCAGCAAAUCGGAGAAAGAAAUGGCCGUUGUCGGGCGGCUGCCCGUGUUUUGGGGGGGUGUUCACGGAGGACUACAAUAACAAGUAUGAGGCGGUUUGA